GGGCGGCGGGAGCGGCCGCUGCCUGAGCGCUUCCUGCCCAAGCCAGCGCGGAUCCCACAAAGGGCUCGGCGGCGCGGCCUCCCCGUGGGGCCAUGGCCGGCAUCAGCUCCAUCGACGCCGUCAAGAAGAAGAUCCAGAGCCUGCAGCAGGUGGCCGAUGAGGCCGAGGAGCGCGCCGAGCACCUGCAGCGCGAGGCCGAUGCCGAGCGGCAGGCCCGCGAGCGGGCCGAGGCCGAAGUGGCUUCCCUGAACCGCCGCAUCCAGCUGGUGGAGGAGGAGCUGGACCGAGCCCAGGAGCGCCUGGCCACCGCCCUGCAGAAGCUGGAGGAGGCCGAGAAGGCGGCGGAUGAGAGCGAGAGAGGCAUGAAGGUCAUCGAAAACAGGGCCAUGAAGGACGAGGAGAAGAUGGAGCUCCAGGAAAUGCAGCUGAAAGAGGCGAAGCACAUAGCCGAGGAGGCCGACCGCAAAUAUGAGGAGGUCGCCCGCAAGCUGGUUGUCCUUGAGGGAGAGCUGGAGCGCUCGGAGGAGCGGGCAGAGGUUGCAGAGAGCCGUGUGAGACAGUUGGAAGAAGAGCUGCGGACCAUGGACCAGACUCUCAAAUCCCUCAUGGCCGCAGAGGAAGAGUAUUCCACCAAGGAGGACAAGUACGAGGAGGAAAUCAAGCUUCUAGGGGAGAAGCUGAAGGAGGCUGAGACCCGAGCAGAGUUUGCCGAGCGGUCUGUGGCGAAGCUGGAGAAAACCAUCGAUGAUUUAGAAGAGAGUCUGGCCAGUGCCAAAGAGGAGAACGUUGGCAUCCACCAGGUCCUGGACCAGACCUUGUUGGAGCUGAACAACCUCUGAGCUGCCUUGGGGAGCCCCCGUCCCUCUUCCCCGCCCCACACGUGCACCCCACUGGCACGCUCUGGACGUCAUCAGCUGAACUGCGUCUUGGCCAAAUCCACACAUCCAUUGAGAAGGGAAACCCUGCAGCCUUACACCGUGGCUUGAGGGUGUCUUGUCUGUGCACAGCCGCAACGGCUCUGUCCUGUCUUCAUGUCCAAAUAUUAAAGCAG